CUUCGACCCCGAAUUCAUGCUAUUCCAGAGCUUCGUAGAAGGACAUAUAUCGCUCACCACCCCUCAACUAUCGGAUAUCUCGGCCGUUCUGUCCUUCUUGCUUCGAUAAUCUACCUUCACAUGCACCAUUGAUUCUUCCUUUCCAACACAAUUAUCCGUCAAGCUCGGUAUAAACACGCUGCUUACUAUACCGUACGUUGCGGUUGAGGGGCGGCAAAAGUAUUUAAUGAUUUGGUCCUUCCACUGUGGCUAGAGAUACGACGCGCUAUUUAACAAGCACCUCUCUUUAUGCAAUAAAAUGGCUUCCACGGCCAGAGCACAUAUCAAUGGAAACCACGAAAGCACCGUGCGGCCUCGACUGGGAAAGCCGGCCAAUCCGCGGGUCUCACGCACAAAAAGUACAGAAUCCAUGACAAUGGACAUGGGAGAAACAGGCUCAAGCUCUUCACACACAAGUGGUCGUUCCACGCCAGUUCCGUCAGAUGCCCCUCCAUCCGUCCAGGUCGUGUCGAGCACACGGAAACAAGUCAGAGCAGACGUCCGCCGGCGCCUCUUCCCAACCAUAGAGUAUGCAUCCCGAGUGUCACAUUUCGAUCCCGACAGCGAUUAUCGAGAUUUCCAGGGAUUCUUUGUCCUGUUUUGGAUCGGUCUGGCAAUCAUGGCCAUUACCACUAUGGCGAGAAACAUGAAGGAUACUGGCAAUCCUUUCAGACACGAAAUAUGGCAGCUGUUCACAGUCAAGACGUGGGAAUUGGCGGUUGCCGACUUCUUCAUGUCCGCAACUAUGUGCAUAUCACUGCCGCUACACCGUCUGUUCCGGAGCUUUGACAUACUUCGGUGGAAGAACACUGGGAUGAUCAUCCAGAGCCUCUUUGAAGCUGCAUGGUUCUCGAUAUGGAUCGCCGUGCCUUUCCACUUCGAGUGGACAUGGACUGCGCAGGUUUUCCUGGUUCUCCACACUCUUACACUCCUAAUGAAAAUGCAUUCCUACGCCUUCUACAACGGCCACCUCAGCGAGGCCGAACGACGCCUCAAGGAACUUGACAAGCCGUCCACAGCCUCUAAAGAGCCCGCAUACCAAUACCCCCCCUCGGGGCCCAUCUCAGCUGAGGACAAGGGGUUUUUCCCCUAUAACUCUAGCGAGAAAUCGGAUUUAUCUUCUCUGCGUGAGGACUUGGCCCGCGAGCUCGUAUCCCCUCUCGGCAACCAAGCAUACCCCAAGAACCUCACAUGGGGAAACUUUAUUGACUUCCUCUUCUGCCCGACUCUCUGCUAUGAGCUCGAAUACCCACGCACAUCCCGCAUCCGCUGGGACCAACUCGCCUACAAGAUCCUAGCAGUCUUCGGUGUCAUCUUCCUGCUCACCAUCACGUCCGAGGAAUUCAUCGUUCCCGUCCUUCAAAAUUCAGGACCGCGCAUCCAAGAGGCAACGUCGGCCUCCGAGACCCUCCUCGUGCUCGCUGAGACAAUCAGCCAGCUCCUCUUCCCAUUCAUGAUCACCUUCCUCCUCGUCUUCCUCGUCAUCUUCGAGUACGCCCUCGGCGCCUUUGCCGAGAUGACCCGCUUCGCCGACCGCCACUUCUACAGUGACUGGUGGAACAGCACGGAUUGGCUUGAGUUCAGUCGCGAGUGGAAUAUUCCCGUGCACCACUUCUUCAGACGGCACGUAUACAUCGCAUCGGUACCACACAUUGGCAAGCCCAUGGCGACCCUAAUCACCUUCCUUAUCUCAGCCAUCGGGCACGAGAUCGUGAUGGCGUGUAUUACGAAGAAGAUCCGCGGCUACGGAUUUCUGGCCCAGAUGAGCCAGCUGCCUAUCGUUAUGAUACAACGAACUAAGUGGAGCAAGGGGAGGAGAGUCUUGAAUAAUGCAGCAUUCUGGAGCUCGAUGAUUUUGGGACUGAGCAUGAUCUGCUCACUCUAUGUUCUUGUGUAGGCAUCAUGUAUAUUGCCUGUUUACUUUUGAAAAUAAGAUACCCGAUACCCUCUUUCAUAUUCUGGAUGGGAUUAUAUUUUAGAUUUGGCUAUUCUGUAUUGCAUGUAUUUAAUCAAUGAUUACAUAUAAUUCACUCAACUCUUAAUUAAAACUUCAAUAAUUCCGUUAUUCUUAAAAAUAUAAUUAACUAUACAUAUAUUUACGUCA